AGGAACGCGAGUAAGUUCGACUGACAGGCGAAUGAACGCAGCAGGAAGCGGCGGCGUCGGACCAUACUUCAUGGGGGGAGCUGGUGACCCCGGAAUCCCGAACGCGGCUGCCAUGAAUUUCAACAUGGGGUUUAUGAUGAAUUCACCCGGCGCCUCGACCGACGGCGCGAGUAUGAAUGUGCACAUGAGCAGUUUUGGCACGAACACUGGCGAUGGUGCUGGGUUGACCCCGCCUUCCACGUCCGCCAUGGGCAGCGCCGCGAACUCCAGCGGUAACAGUAGCUUCAACCGUGGUAAUUACCGAUGCAGUCGAUGCGGCGAACCCAAGAAAGGCCACGUGUGUCCAUACCAACCCGCCAACUACAAGUGCAGCAAGUGUGGCAACCUGAAGCGGUCUUGUACGUGCGGGGCACCCCAGAAGAGCAACAUCGAGAUUCAGUGCGCGAUGGACGAGCACAUGACAGUCGCUCGGCUCGAUCGCAGCGCGCAGGGUGUCACUGACUUUCACGAGUCGAUUCGGUCCUUCGUCGAAGGGUCGGCAGCGUCGUAGUCGACACCGUUCGAGUCCUCAGAUGCCACAGCCCCUCACGGUUCUUUCACCCAGUAUAUAUAUAUCAACGAACACCCUCCUCAACGUUUCGUCCUCU